UCCGAACCCUCUGAUGCAUCUCCGAUCCCACCCCUGCAGGUGACGCCAACGCCGGACAUGGACCAAGGUCGCAGCAGCGCCAUGUCCGGAUGCGUGAUUCUCGGCCCCCGCGCCGCACCGGUCCCCGUCAUCCGCCUGGUGCUACUGCCGCUGCUGCUACUUGUAUCAUGUUUUACUUUCUGUGAGGGCAUGCGGCCGUCCCAGAUCGCGGAGCUACGUCGGGAGACCGUCGAACUGUUUUAUCAUGGCUUCGACAACUACAUGGAAAUUGCCUUUCCCGAGGACGAGCUGCGGCCAGUCACAUGCGCACCCCUCACCCGCGAUCCAAAGGAUCCCACCAACAUCUCGCUCAACGACGUCCUGGGAAACUACUCUCUUACCCUUGUUGACAGCCUGUCGACUCUUGCUAUACUGGCAUCUGCCCCCGACGAGGACGGCGAUGUCGGCCCCAAAGCGCUCCGCGAUUUUCAGGACGGCGUCAAGGCUUUGGUGGAGCAAUAUGGAGACGGCACAGACGGUCCCUCCGGUCAAGGCCUGCGAGCGAGGGGCUUUGAUCUCGACAGCAAGGUGCAAGUCUUUGAAACUGUUAUCAGGGGCGUAGGUGGCCUGCUCAGUGCCCAUCUUUUUGCUUCCGGAGAGCUACCCAUUCGGGGCUACGAACCACUGCCGGUAUUUGAGGGCCAGGAGCCCAAACCAUGGCCCAAUGGCCUGACAUAUAACGGUCAGCUUUUGCGACUUGCAAACGAUCUGGCCGAUCGCCUACUCCCGGCAUUUUACACGCAGACUGGCAUGCCGUACCCGCGUGUGAACUUGCGGCACGGUAUUCCAUUUUACCGCAACUCGCCUCUGCACGAUACCUCUGAUAUUAAUUACGAACCAAGUGGUCGAACUGCCGCCGAGGAGAUCACCGAGACGUGUAGUGCAGGGGCCGGAAGUCUGGUGUUGGAAUUUACUGUACUGAGCCGGCUUACUGGCGACCCGAAAUAUGAACAACUUGCGAAGCGGGCCUUCUGGGCUGUUUGGUAUCGGAGGAGCGAUAUUGGCCUGAUAGGCGCAGGAGUGGAUGCCGAACACGGCAAGUGGAUAGGGGCCUAUUCGGUGAUAGGCGCCGGCGCUGAUAGCUUCUUUGAAUAUGCGCUGAAAACGCACAUUCUUCUGUCGGGCCAUGCGCCUCCCAAGAAGGCCUCGUCUGCCGGUUCGACAUCAAGCAAGGGGAAGAUGAGCAACACCAAAAGAGGACUUGACCCAAACAUACUGUUUCCACCUUUGACGGACGAGGAGAACUCGCCUGAUAGUUUUCUCGAGGCAUGGCAUCACGCGCACGCUGCCACCAAACGGCACCUUUACAGCGAUCGCGGCCAUCCACACUAUGUGAGCGUCAACCUUUGGACCGGCUCGCUUGCGUCACAGUGGAUCGAUAGCCUGGGUGCAUAUUACUCUGGCCUCUUGACACUUGCCGGCGAGUUGGACGAAGCUAUCGAGACCAAUCUCCUUUAUGCUGCCGUGUGGACCAAGUACGCCGCGCUACCGGAACGCUGGAAUGUCAGAGAUAAAAUGGUCGAGGGAGGCUUGGGCUGGUGGCCGCUACGUCCCGAGUUCGUCGAGUCAACCUACUUUCUCUACUUGGCGACGAAAGACCCUUGGUACCUGCACGUUGGCGAGAUGGUUCUGCGCGAUGUCACGCGUCGUUGCAAGACAUCUUGCGGCUGGGCGGGGUUGCAAAAUGUCAUAGACGGGGAGAUGAGCGAUCGUAUGGAGAGUUUCUUUUUAGGAGAGACUGCAAAGUACAUGUACUUGAUGUACGAUGAGAACCACCCAUUGAACAAACUGGAUGCGCCAUUCGUAUUCACCACAGAAGGCCAUCCACUUAUUAUUCCCAAGGCGGCCGAACACCCCAGGCAGUCUCACACAACGGCUUCUACGGCGCGCAAGAACAAGGCCGCGGCAUCCUAUUACGACCCAGGCUUCACCAACUCUUGCCCUGUGCCCAAAGCGCCGGUGCCACUCACGGGGUCCUUGACCGCCGCGAGGAAAGAUAUUUUCCACGCCGCAAAGAUGGUCAACCUUCACCAGACUCCUAUUCACUCGGGCAGAACUGUUGUUGAGGACAAGCCAGGCCGAAAGCGGGCGGCCAAGGACCUGUACCACAGUAUUUUCCCUUGGACUUUGCCAGGGCGCUUGGUUCCGGAGGAUGGGAUCUGCUCAAAGGUGCAUGAGCCCACGGAAAUAACCCUUGAGUUUGCCUCCAACGCGCAACAAGCCGUCGGUGGGAGCUCGUUUAACUACAUGGUCGGCACACAAAACCUGGAGCGUCUCACCGUUGACAAGAUUCGCGUGCUGAGCAUCUCUGGCCUCAAGCUGACUUUGAGACUGGAGGAACGUCGUACUGAAAGCAAUGCGCCUGCAUCUUAUUGGCGUAUCACAAAGGUCAACGGCUUGCCUCUGGGGCGAGAUGAGUCGCUUGUGCUUAACAGGGCUACACUGGGCGACGUCUCGGACCCGCGCUUCAAUAUGGUGCGGGAUCCGGUCGUCGUCAAGCUGCACCACCUGCACCAGGUGGACCUUGUGUACAAUGUCACGGCGGCGGCAGAGGCUGCAGAAGGCGAAGGCGACGUCGAGGUCAAGGAAAGAAUCACACUGCAGCAAACUCAAACCGGAACCGGAGCCCUGACUGAGUCCACUGCACCCGACCUCGGAAACAGGAUGAAGAGCUUCUUCCAGCAGAUCAUGAGUUCGCUGGAAGAAGCCGGUGCGGAGCCGACAUACACCCCCCGAUCAGGGAACGGUGUAUCUGCAACAUCAGGGACCGCGGCGCCCCCGUACAACGUGCUGAUAAACGUCACAGGCAUCACUCCCACAGGCCUCGGGGCGGCGCCCCUCCCCUCGGUGGACAUGCCGCCAGGCGCGCAUAUCCCGCACGUAGGGCCCUUCACUGCGAGCUACCUCCCCUGGUCGACCGUGUUCGCGGCUGGGGACGCAUGCGACGGGCCGCUGCCCGAGAUGGCGCCGCGGGACCACCAUGUGAUUGUGAUCCGGCGAGGCGGCUGUUCCUUCUCGGCCAAGCUGGCCAACAUCCCUGCGUACAAGCGCACCUCUGCGAGCCUGCAGCUCGUCGUGGUUGUUUCGGACGACGACGAGGACGACGGCUUCUUCCGCGACGGCCGCGACGGCGGCGGCAUGGCCGCGCGCGACUACGAUAGGAUCGUGCGCCCGCUGCUCGACGUCAUGCAGACCACCCCGUCGGGCAUGGUGAGGCACCAUCCCCUCUCCAUGCUGCUCGUCGGUGGUGGCGACGCGGCCUACCACCAGAUCUCGCAGGCGGAGCGGCUGGGGCUGACGAGGAGGUAUUACAUUGAGAGCCAUGGCGUCAGAGUUAGAAAUAUUGUGAUAGAUGACGGGGACAGCGGCGAGCUCACGUUGAAGGCAUAA